AUGUACGGCGAAUUGGGCAACAAACUGGUCCAACAUGCGAAGCGCACCCAAGCCCUCGUCCAUCUCCCGCCCUACCAAACCGAAAUCGUCCGCGCCGUGACUCGCGAAGUGCGCGACCUAGACCGGGAUGUAGCCCGUCUCCUCGAUCCCUUUGACGGUGCCUUCAAUCCGUCUGCGGACCCGGCUGUUGCUUGCGCGCUGCUGGUAGACCACCUAUGCAUGCGCCGCAACAAGCGCUGUCUCCUGGCGUACCACCGUGUGCGGACGGAGAAAUUGGAAGAGCUCUGCUGGAAUGGCGUUGAUAUUUUGGAACAGCAGCAGCCGAGUGAAUCCGAGGAGCGGGGCCAGAUGCAGGGCACCGGUGGGCAUAGUUCUCUCAGUCCGGAGGAGGAGGAGUACUUUCGGCAGUAUGGGGAUAUGCUGGCGGCGUAUAAGGGACAGUGGACGGAUGUUGAUUUGACGGGGACCUUGGAGCCGCCAAGGGAUCUUUUUAUUGAUGUACGCGUCUUGAAGGAUGCGGGGGAGAUCCAGACGGAAUACGGGUACGUUGAAUUGCGAAUUGGAGGUUUGGUCCUUCGCUUAUGGCUGAUUUAUCUUUAUGACAGGGUGAUCAACUUGACCAAGAAUAGUCAGCUCUACGUUCGGCAGGGAGAUGUUGAGAGGUUGAUUGCGCAGGGCUUUCUCGAGCGAUUGACCUAG